UAAACUACUCCAACUCCUUAUUUUACUCACUUGUAUGCACAUCCUACCAGUCAAGUUCUGGACAUCCACCUGCGAGGAUCGAAACACAGAGUUUAUGGAAAAAAGAAACAUUCAAGUUCAGCGGCAGGCUGACAAGUUGGAUCAUCAAAACUGUACUAUGUUGAGGAUAAGAUUCUUAAAGAUGUCUAUCUAUUUGCGACUGACGUUACUGAUGCUGACAGCAAGUCAAAGUACUCAUGCGGCCAAAAGGUGCGAGGGAACCGGCCUGGGACUCAAGUAUAUCUGGGGCGACGCACUCAUCGAUUCGACUGACUGCUUAGGACCGAACAAUUUACAGUAUCCAACCACCUCAAUUGCCCGUAACUUCAAAAAUAUGUGGUCAGGAAACGCUAGGACGGCUAGACACUAUCAGACGCGCACAAUAGAUCCUGAAAUAACGAGGCAGGCGCUCUUAAACAAGUAUAGAUUGGCACAUGGUGAAUACAGUAUUGGAAACAAUUCUCGAUCUGCUCGAUCAUUUUCAACGAAAAAUACUUGUGGAUCUCCAACACGUUUAUGCAAAACGAGAUAUAAUACAACAGCUCCAAUGUAUGGCGUAAGUUUAACAAGCGGGCAACCAGUAACAAUUGUACAAAAGUUUCCAGAUCUUUUACAACAAGUUGUCUUUGAAAUUUGCGAAUCAAAGGAGUGCGAUAUUGUUCAUGGUGAGUGUACACAAACGUAUGUACCGUACCUGUUCUUGGUGAUUCCGCUUGGACCCGUAACACUUACGGGACAAGACUACGUACUUGUUGAAAGCGGUUGCGUUUGUAAACCCAAGAAUAGUUUGGAGGAUUCAUCAUUAUCCGAAAGUGUUUCAGUACCAAUCUACUAGAUAAUUUUGUUAUCCAAUCUUCUAUAUUCAAAGUACAUAACUUUUUUAUUUGCUAUAUACUUCCUUUUGGCCAUAUCUAUGGACAGAACUAAUCAAACGCUGUUCGACAUGAAUUCGAAUUUGAUGUUUCACGUUUCUGUUCAUAUUAGUGAUGCUUAUAUUACUUUGAAUUAUUAGUAUUACUUAGAAGAAAGAAUACAUCUGUAAUCACAUUGAGGGACUUUGACGAAGAAUAAAUAUAUCAAUUAUGACAUAUGAACUGUACUCUUCAUCAACACCAAUUGCAAGAAGAGAUUAAAUUUGGUGAUAUAAUUAACAAAGUUGAUUAUUUCUCAUUUUUUUGUCAAAUUGACAAACGUCAAUUUCUAACUAGAACCGAUUAUUUACAAGUUAGUAAAAAAUUGUGUGCGUAUAUG